GUCGCAUGCUCGUCGUCUGUUCUGUUUCGCGCGUUUCGUGUGAACAAAUUGUGGGCUUCCGACCGGCCUUGAAGUAGCGUUUUAAACGAAACCGUUCUUUUCAAUCUAAUAAUUGAAGAAAAAUUGUUUUUGCUAUUGACUUUCACUCUAAUCGAAUUUUUUAAAAAUUAUUUCACGAUGGAGAGCAGAGACGAAGAAGUGAAACCACAGCUACUUCCAGAUGUUCAAGUUGUGGCUUCUUGUGAUAGUUCAGGAGUUACUUUCAUCAAUGAAGGAACACCUUUACAUUUGGCAGAAAAUGGCUUGUACGAAAUCGCCUACAUAAACAUUUCAGAGGAAGACAUGAUUUCUGAACUUGAACUAAUGGAAUCAGUCAAUAAUGACGAUGACAGCUCAAGACAAAGUUUCCCUGAUCACUAUGAAGUGGAAGAAGUAGAUGAUGAUGGACCAGCAAAUACUGAUGAUGCUGAUCUUCUAAAUCCAGAUGAGGAACAAAUAGCUAUUACUGGUGGUUAUCUGGAAGGAAUAGUAUCGUUUCAAGACUUCAUGACAAGAGUAGAAAACUCAGAUGGUUCCGAGUCUGGCAUGGAAGACUCAUCUGAUACAGAUGAUGAAGAAGAAGCGCUGGAAAGAAACCAAAAUGACCCAGAAUAUCUUCCUGAAGGAUCUUCCAAAGUUCAAGCUAAACAGAAACUAAAAUCAAGUGAACACAAAGGGAGUGGUGCACUUAUACCCGAGUCUAAAGGAAAUUUUGCUGGCGGCAGUUCUACAAGUUUUUCACAGCAACCACCUACAACCCCAGUGAAAAAGAGAAAAUGCACUAGAGUUACAAAAAGACUUCCAGCAAAUUUACAAGGUCUCAUGGGUGAAGCAAACUUGAGAUAUGCAAGGGGUGAGAAGAAAGAUGCCAUGGACCUCUGUAAGGAAGUAAUUAGACAGGCCCCAAGUUAUGCUGAACCUUUUCAAACAUUGAGCAUGUUCUAUGAGGACCAGGGAGAUUUUGAAAAGUCAUACCAGUUAUCUUUAAUAGCUGCAUAUUUAGCUCCUCAAGAGGCCGAUGAAUGGUUACGAUUAGCCGAGGUGUGUUUGAAUCGAAAAGAUGAGGUGCAGGCAAUGAAAUGCCUUGCCAAAGCUGUUCAAGCUGACCCUACAAAUCUUCAAAUUCAUCAAUAUCGCUGCAAUGUGUUGGAAUCAAUUGGCGCUGAAAAAGAGCAGUUGAAAGCUUUCCUGACUAUGUUGCGAGGUGUCCAACCGGAAGAUGAAGAGAAGAAAAAUGAAUGGGUCGAGCUUGCUGAAAAAAUUGCCCGGAUGUACUUUGCGAGUGGUCACUUGCAUUCAGCGCGUAGAGCUCUCAGUAACGCUCUUGUCACCUGCGCAGAUAAUUUCAAAAUGGAGCAUUUUAACCUCUUAUUGGAACUUCAGAUCUCGACAAAACAUUAUCUCGAUGUCAUAAAAACUCUUAAUAGACAUUGUGGGUUAGUGUUCAACAACAAGAUAAUCGACGAAAUUGAUCUCGAAGAAACGGAAUCUAUGGAACUGACGAAAGAGCUGCCAUUGGACAUUCUCAGCAAACUGUGCAUUGCCUUGGUUUACUCUAACAAACAAGAAUUUGCAUUUCCUUUAAUCGAAACAUUUAUGGAGCAUGACGUCGAAAGUUUUGGAGAUAUCUACCUCGACGUUGCAGAAGCCCUGGUAGAAAAGGAGUUCCAUCAACAAGCUUUGACAUUGCUGGAGGUCCUAACUCAAAGCAAAUCCUUUUCUCAAGCUGCGGUUUGGCUGAAAUAUGCAAACUGUCUCAAUGCUCUGGAUCGGGCAGACGAAGCAAUCGUGGCAUUCCGACAUGUUAUUCAUCUAGUCCCAUCAAGUGAGGAUGCUAGGAUAUCUCUAGCAGAAUUGCUCACCAAAUUAGGUCGCCACGAAGAAGCUUUGGAAGCUGUAACGCAAGACUCGGAAGCUACUCGGAUUGAAGCCAGCGUUUUGCAUCACAAGUGCCUCUUGCUUUUGAAAGAAGGAAAAAUGAAUCAGUUCAUUGCGGCUUACAAAUUGCUGAUGAUGCGCCACGCCAGGAAUAUUAAAUCCAAGGACGAAGUGUACAAAGCGUGCGGCGCCAAAAAAGUAGGGUGGGAGUCGGCGGAUGAAGAUUCGGACGACGAAGAAUUGGAGUUUGGAGCAUCGUCGAUCGAGUUGGAAGAAGAGUAUCGACUUCUCCGGUUAACGUGCGAAUACCUGUUCAAGGAGCAACGUCUGGUGGAGCUGGAGCGAAUCUGUUUUACGGCUCUUACGUCACCACUUUUCAGAAGGAAGAGAGAAAUUUGCAGAGAAAUCCAGUUUAUCACCCUUCAAGUGUGUUUAGCUAAAGGCGACUCAUAUUAUGCUUAUAACCUAGCCCGUGGUUUGCUCUUACGUAACAACUUAUACAACCAUAGAGCUUGGAAUCUCAUGAUUCAGGUUAUCAUGCGAGGAGACGAUGUGCGGUACAAUCGUUUUCUUGUGCGACUUCUUCUGAAACACCCCGAACAUGUCUGUCUAAGUGUUUUGAAUGGUCACGCCUGUGUUGCCAGCGGUACAUACAAGUACGCCUUAGAUGAGUAUAUGUCGGCGUGCAAAAUAGAGCCCAACAAUCCGUUGUUUUUGCUGCUUUCUGCCAUUGUGUUGAUUCAGUUGACGUGUCAAAAGUUUUCUAGCGGAAAGCAUUCCCUUGUUACCCAAGCAUCCUCUUUCUUCGAUGCCUAUCUGAAAUCAAGAGGGGACUGUCAAGAGGUUUACUACAACAUCGGCCGAGGAAUGCAUCAGCUUGGCCUUUUAAGUCAUGCUCUGGAUUUUUACAAAAAAGCCCUGCAACACAAGCCAAGCGUCACACACGGAGAGAAAGCCCAUGUAUUCGACUUAUCUAAAGAAAUCGCCUUUAAUUUAUCACUCAUCUAUCGGUCGGCUGAUUUUUCCAAUUCUGGAAACGAUAUUGCUCGUAUGUACCUGGACAAGUACAUCACUAUUUGAAAGGUGAUGCAUCAUUUCGCUUAAAAUAACAAUUUGCGUUAAAAUUCCAAGGUACUGUAAUGUAUUUGUAAAUAAAUCAUCAUCAAACAAG